UUCCAUCAACACAAGAUGAGUGGACGAAAGUUUCCAAUGAUUACUUCCAAAAAUGGCAGUUUCCAAAUUGAUGGAAAACAUAUCAAUAUGCAGUGUCCUCCAAAAUCCGGUUCCUACUAUUACAAUUACAAGGGGACCCACUCCAUCGUCUUGAUGGCGUUAGUUGAUGCAAACUACAAGUUUUUAUACAUCGACGUAGGAUGCAAUGGAAGGAUCAGUGAUGGCGGUGUGCUGCGAAAUUCAACUCUUUGGCAGGCACUGACAUCAGAAACCAACAUUCUAAACAUCCCAGAGCCAUGCAGGUUGCCAGGAUCUGAUAUUGUCACACUACAUGUCAUACUUGCCGACGACGCCUUUCCUCUUCACAAGCACAUCAUGAAGCCAUACCCUCAAAGAGGAUUAUCAAGGAAAAAGAGAGCCUACAAUUACAGAUUAAGCCGAGGCCGCCGAGUAGUAGAGAAUGUGUUUGGACAUCUCGCUAACAGAUUCAGAAUCUAUCACUCCAAAAUAAUGUUAGACCCUUCUAAUUGCCAGAAAGUUGUGCUAUGUACAUGUGUACUGCACAAUUACUUAAGGGCAAAUGGGGAGGAAAUGUCAAUGGAAGCAGUAUCCAAGCUUCAGAACUUGGAUAGUUAAGGCAGCAAUAACAGUACAUCAAUUGCUAAAGAUGUUAGAGAAAAAUUUUGUCACUAUGUAAAUGAAGUGACACCUCUUCCAUGGCAAUAUAAUUGGAACGCAAAAAUUUGCUACAGUUAUGAGAUCACUUUCUAAGGAUCUCUCUCAACCCCCACCCCUAAA